CCACGUGUAUAAACCCAAGGAUCUACACCGCAGGUGACAGAUGGCACGGGCAAAACAUUGGGUAGCAAGGACAUGCAUGUGCACCGUCAGAUGUUGCAUCAACGGUGGAGAAUCUGCCCGAUUCGUGGACGGGCAGAUCUGAACGCCUUUAAGAAGAGGUGGUGACCUUCUCUUUUGUAAUUCGAUCUCAGGAGGGUGCCUGAAACCCCCGUUUCUUCUCUCUCUCUCUUGUUGUUCUUGUGCUCUCUCUCUCUCUCAGUAGUCUUGCGAUUUAUAUAUAUACACCUAAAACCCUCGCCGGCCACCGUGAAUUUUUUUCCCGACUGAUUAUGAGUUGCCGCCGUUUCGGGUUCGGAUCUCCGAUCUGCGGUUAGCCGCGGGUCCGGAGGAUCCGACCCGGACCGAAAUGGCAUCAGCCUUAUCGGCGAGUCGAAGCGAACCUUCCUGGGGUGAGAACAAGGUUUAUAUGAGGAAAUACACAACCGCUGCUGCUACUGGCUCUAAGAAAAACCCUCUUCUCAAGUUCAAUCCUAACCCUAAUCUGAGUGCCGUACGUCAGGCGUAUGAUUCGUCUCCGGCUCAGGCGUCGGGCGAUUUUCCCUCGUCGAAUCGGAAAUUGAUGAGCCUAAAUGAGAAGAGGUCUUCGUCGUCAUCUUCGCGUAGCUAUGUGACUUUUAAUCUCGCGUCGUGUUCGAGAAGAGAUCUGAGGGAGCUUGGGAAGCGGCUGAGUUCAGAGCUUGAACAGGUCAGAGCCCUUAUGGCUCGGAUCGAGUCAGGAGAUUUGAAAUCGGGACCUGGGCAUCAUCAUUUGUCGCAGUUUUCCACGAAGACGACUCGGCCGUCUCCCCUUCAGAUGAAUCAUUUGGCGGAGUCGCCGAGAGCCGCUGGGGUGGAGAAAAGAACCCCUAAGGCCAACCAAAACUAUCCUGACUCUAACUUUGUUACCGGAAAAAAGAAGAAAACGAAAGAUACGAGUACGGUGGUGACGACAACUGCGGAGAAGAUGGGUUCUGGUAUGAAAAGGAGUAACCCUUACGGAUCGGUUAUGGAGGCGAAACGGCCGACAUUGGACCCAAUUGAUGAGAGGCUUGCUUCGAGUAUGAUGAAGAGGUGUGGUCAGAUCUUGACGAAGCUGAUGAAGCAUAAGUUCGGGUGGGUUUUCAAUGCUCCAGUUGAUGUGGUUGGGUUGAAUCUCCACGAUUACCACCAAAUCGUCAAAAAUCCAAUGGAUCUCGGAACUGUCAAGUCCAAGCUUGAGAAAAAUCGGUACCGUUCACCAAUCGAUUUUGCUUCAGAUGUGAGGCUUGCCUUUAACAAUGCAAUGCUUUAUAAUCCUAAAGGUUCUGACGUUCAUGUCAUGGCAGAGCAGCUCCUGCUGCGCUUUGAUGAGAUGUUUAAUCCCGCUUACAAGAAGUAUGAAAAUGAGCGGCGCCGUACGCUUGGAGUUGGUGCUCAAAGCAUUGCUCCCGAGAGUGCUACCAAGGACUUUGAGGCUAGGGUAAUAGCGAAAAAGCCUGAAGCGGUGCGACCACAGCCCACAUUUUCGAACUCACCACCACCAGUUCAAACUCAGUCCUUGACGAAGCCUUCAGUGCCUGCUACGCCUUCAAUACCCACAAUGUCAGCUCCCGUGACGAACCCCUCAGGGAGCACAAGACCCAUGAAGCUACCCAAGCCAAAAGCGAAGGAUCCCAACAAAAGGCAAAUGAGUGAUGAGGAGAAGGCUAAGUUGGGAGCCAAUUUACAGAACCUUCCACAAGAGAAGAUGGGUCAACUAGUUCAGAUAUUGAAGAAAAGGAGCGAUCAUUUGUCUCAAGAUGGGGAUGAGAUUGAGCUUGAUAUCGAGGCUGUCGAUACCGAGACCCUUUGGGAGCUUGAUAGGUUUGUCAGCAAUUACAAAAAGUUUGCUAGCAAAAUUAAGCGGCAGUCGCUCAUACAGACUCCUAUUCCAGCUCCACAAAACAACAACCAGCAGUCUUUGGUGACUGAGACUCCAGAGGCUGCUACAGUUAAAAGCAAGAAAAUCGAUACUGCUGAGGAGGAUAUUGACAUCGGAGAGGAUAUUCCAAUGGGAAAUUUCCCACCUGUGGUUAUUGAGAAGGACACUGCUGGUGGUGCCAGUAGUGGGUCUAGUAGUUCUGGUAGCUCAAGCUCUAGUAGUGAUUCCUCCUCAUCUAGCGGUUCGGAUUCAGGGAGUUCCUCUGGUAGUGAGUCAGAAGCGGAUAGUGUUCAAUCGCCAUUUGUUGCAUCAAAAGAAGCUCCAGCUCCCGACAGCUAACGUGAAAGCCCUGAAAGCGUUUUAGAACAGGUAGUGAGAACCCAAAGUCUUCAUUUAGAUUAGCAAAACGAAAUCUGUGAGAUUGGUUUAGUCUUUAGACAAGGAUGUGGAUGCUGGAAGAAAGGCUUGGGUUUGUGGCUUUUUUGUGUGGAUUUGUUUGGUAUUUGUUGCUUCUUUUUCUUUUAUGGAACAGUGCAAGAGUGGAUGAAGAAUUGAAAGAGAGUGAGCAGUAGUGGUUGGCUUGGGCGGUUCCAUUUGUACCUUGUGUAAAGAAAGAAUGACCAGAACAUAAAUGCAACUGAGUUUUCUAGGGACCAGUAGAUAGAAGAGGAAAAGAGAUAGCUCUGCUAAAGUAGAUAGGAGAGUUAGAAGUAGGGUUUUUUUUUUUUUUUUUGUAGUUUAAUGGACUUUUUAACUUUGAGGAGAGAAGGGAGGAGAAGGAACAAAAACUUGGUUUGGGAAAUUUUUUUUUGUAUCAUACUAAACACCACCACAUGAUUUUCAGAGUGGUCAAGCAGCACAGCAGAAAACAUGUACAGAAUGAUUAUGGGAAAAAAAAACGAAAGAGGUUUGGCUCUUUUUCUUUUUC